CUUCGUCAUUCGUUUUUUGUUCUAAUUAUAAUAGCCUCCUUUCAUUAUAUAUAGUACUCGCUACUUUUCAUUCCUUUUUUACUUUACGCGAAAAUAACUGUUCUCUUGUUCCUAUCAUGAGAUUAAUUUGGGGUGUUGCUAUUGCCCUUGUUGCCGGUGUUACGCCUGAUGUCUUGGCCGCUCCCAAGCCAAGUCAAUCCCCUCAGUUGCAAUAUACUGUUACUUGUAAAAAGACCUACACCGUUGUUCCCAAUGAUGUGUGUUAUAAAAUUGCGGAUGCUUUUGGCAUUACUACCAGCCAAUUGAAAAAGUGGAACCCUUCCAUUAAUCCUGACUGUACCAAUUUGUACAUUGGACAGUCGCUUUGUUUGAGUCCACCUGUGACCAAUUCGGCUACCAUGCCUUCAGGCAGCAAGAGUAUCCCAAGCAAACCUGCCAAAACAACCAACGUUCCUAUGCCUACCGACUCGGCCAAUACUUGCUCUACUAAUGACGAUUGUCCUGGUGUUUACUGCUGCAACUUGUUCACGAAUCAAUGUGUGCUUGAUCCCAAAGGCAACAUUUGUGAUAUCCAGCCUACGACGCGUGUGACCAGCAAGACCAUGAGCAAUGGAAAGCCCACGGUGACUCAUGUCACUUCCAAGGUGCCCCGUCCUUCCACAACCCCUGCGCCUUCGUAUCCAACCGGUUUAACCGUUGCCGUCGAAAGCCAGCAAGAUUUCUGCUUGUUUUUGCCCCGUUCGCCCGGUAACAAGGACGACCACGGCGGAAAGGUCGAUCCUGAUGCUAUUGCUGAUUCGGAAAAGAAUGCUGUUGCCUUCUGUACCCGUCCCAACGUGAAUGCUCCUGGCUCUGGCUUGCUUCCUCGCGGUUUCAUUAAAUCGGCCAAAUUCCAGCAGAAUACCGCUGCCGGUUUUGUGCAAGUCACGGGUAAAAUCGAUCGUUCAAAAUACUCUCUUUCCAGCCAAGACGGCGGUGGUCAAUACGACAAUCACGGUGCCGGAUCGCCUCCUCACUCGGCUUGCAAGGGCUACCCCUACUACGUCUCCUUGAUCGAGCCUGAUAUUAAUGGCUUCUGUAUCCGAUGCUGCCAAUCUUACAAGGAUUGCAAUGCCGGAAGAAGUGCUUACGGUUGCCACCGUGUUGUACCUCCAUUGUAAUUUUUGUAAAUGUAUGCCUCCACAAAAUUUUAUAGCCAAUGAUAAGGUUCAUAAUAAUGAAAAAAAAAUUGCCUUCUUUGGGCGCUUUCAAGCCUUUUUUGGGUUUUUUAAUUUUCU